AUGGACAAAUAUGAAAUUCUCGCUCAAAUCGGAGAUGGCACGUUCGGCUCCGUCGCAAAGGCCGUGAGCAAGAAAACCGGCCAGCUUGUAGCCAUCAAGAAGAUGAAGCAGAAAUUCUACACCUGGGAGGAGUGCGUCAAGCUUCCCGAGGUGGACGUUGUGCGGCGCAUUCACGGCCACCCCAACGUGGUGAAGCUGCGUGAGGUAAUUCGAGAGAACAACGAGCUGUUCUUCGUCUUCGAGUACAUGGACUGCGAUUUGCUCGGCGUCAUCAAAAAGGCCAAGCAGCAGGGCGGGCGGCCAGCUAGUACACCCUCUACUGCACCGUUGAUUCCGUACCCUCUUGUAAAGAACUACAUGCGCCAAAUGCUGCAGGCACUCGUGUACAUCCACAAACGCGGCUACUUCCACCGAGACAUGAAGCCGGAAAACCUUCUCAUUCGGAAAGAAGCGAGCGGCGACGAGGUGCUGAAGCUGGCAGACUUCGGACUCGUCAAGGAGAUCCGUGCUCGCCCCCCGUUCACCGACUACGUGUCGACGCGGUGGUACCGCGCACCAGAGCUGCUCCUGCAGGAUCGCUUCUACGGCGCUGCGGUGGAUGUGUGGGCUGCCGGGUGUAUUAUGGCGGAACUCAUCACCAUGCGGCCACUUUUUCCAGGCACAAACGAGGUAGAUCAGCUCUUCAAGAUAAUGUCGGUGCUUGGGUCCCCCACUGAGGAGGUGUGGGCCGGUGGACUUCGCUUGGCCAAAAAAAUCCGCUACGUCUUUCCUAAAGUAGCCGGCUCCGGCCUUGCUCAAGCGCUGCCGUCGCACAUCCCGUUGCCGGCGCUGGACUUGCUGCGUCAGAUGCUCGUCUACGACCCGAAAGUGAGACUGACGGCGGAGCAAUGCCUGCAGCACCCGUUCUUCAACGUCGGCAUUGACGAGUGCAACGCUCCAUCCGCUGCCGCUCUGGACCAGCUGGCGGUCAUGGCAAAGCGGAUGCUGCCAGGGUCGAAAACAGCACCGCCCGCGCUGAAGAGCCCCACCAUGGACCAGGUGGCGGCGCUAAAGGCGGCUAGGGCCUCCACCGACGCAUCGCUCUCGGACACCUCGUCACGCAAGUUCUACCUGCUCGGCCCCCUAAAGGACCCUUCCCUGUCGUUGCCAAAGCUCCCUGUUGCGUUGUCCACCUCGCCAGCGUCCCUUGACACGCUGCCGAACAUUUCGUCACCUCUGCGUGGGCGCGGGGCUCUCUCACCAGCGGGGAUACCAGUGCUCGCCAAUGGCCACCAGGGCCCCAGCCUGACGACGACACUGGCUAAGGGAAAGCGCCGCUCGCAGGAAACAGCAGACAACUUGCUUGCGAAGAAGCUAGGAGCCUUGAAAAACGUCCCGACGGGAAAAGGGAAACUGCCGGUGUCUUACGCACUGCCGGCUGCCAGCGCUGUGCACUCACCUAGAGCGGCACCCAACCUGAAGGUCUCCGCAUCCGUGGCAAGGCCAUACCCCCUGGCGCCCACCGCCAACAAUCGCGACGCCGUGGCGUCCCCGCGGCGCCAUAACCCAUACAAGGAAGCCAAGACUACUUCUCCGACGGCGGCGUCCGCGGCGGCGAAGGUAGAGAUUGACUUGGACGAGCUCAUGGAGGAGUUUGCGUCGGAGAUGACUUCCAUGGGGGUGCUGGCGCAGCGACACGGCUCGGGGGCCUCGGCGGAAUUGAAAAGCGAAAGCUACGUUUCCCAGCCAGCGCUUCCGCCCGAUCCUGUGGCGACGCUGCUGAACAACAGCCGGUAUAGAAGGAAAUCGGCCACGAGCGCCGACCCACCGUUGAAGAGGAACAACUCGCCUCGCACCACACACCAGCUGGAUGCAAGGAAAGUGGACGAUGCUGCCUCAAAGAGUGACCUUCCUCGAAUAGACUCCUCGGCCCCGAAAGGAAUGUCACCAUCGCUGAAGGCGCUGCUAGCAAAGCACAAGACGAGUGGUCUGGCGUUCCCGUAG